AGUGGCCUGGUAAAACUAGUUUGGCAAUACUCAUUCCUUUUCAGUUUUCUGGAAUAGUUUGAGGAGAAUAGGCAUUAGCUCUUCAAAUGUUUGUAGAAUUCAGCACUGAAGACAUUAGUUCCUGAGCUUUUCUUUGAUGAAAGACUUUUUAUUACUGAUUCAGUUUCCUCGCUCAUGUAUUACUGAUUCAAUUUCCCCACUCAUCACUGGCCUGUUCAAAUUUUCUAUUUCUUCAUAAUUUAAUGUUGGUAGGUUAUAUCUGUCCAGGAAUUGAUCCCUUUCUUCUGUGUUAUGAAAUUUGUUGUCAUAAUAGUCUCUUAUGACCCUUUAUAUUCCUGUACUAUCAGUUGUAACAUCUCCUUUUCAUCUGUGUUUUAUUUAUUUCAGCCUUCUCUCUCUUUUUUUCUUAGUCUAGAUAAAGGCUUGUGGAUUUUGUUUUUUAAACCAGCUCUUCAUUUCAUUGAUCUUUAUUUUAGUCUUUUUUUGUUUAUUUCUUCUCUGAGCUUUAUUAUUUCCUUUUUAGUUUGCCAAUUUUGCCAAUUUUGAGUUUGGUUUGUUCCUGCUUAUCUCUCACCUAAGUCUUAAAGAUUAAGAGCUUGUGAACAGAAUAUUGGCAGAAAUAUGGACAAUGAAGGCCUUUCUGAUGAGGUCUCAGAUGGAAAUGAGAAAUAUCUUAUUAGAAACUGAAGCUCACUGAAAACAGCCUCCCCUGAUGAGCACACCAUUGUUAUGUAAUAGCCUAACUCUUACCCCUUGCCUAUCAGGGGGUGCCAAGCCUGCAGACUCACUCUGCCUUCCUCAUAACUGCCCUGAGGAGAAGGCUGAAGACUGAGGAAUCCUCUUUCUGCCUCCCAUUUGACUGCAUUUUCUUUGGUCAAAGGCUUCCUUAUUCAUGGGACCUGCCUGGGUCCAGGACCCCUUGACAGGUGCUCUCUGGCUGCCUGUCCUCUGGGCACUCUUGUCCCAGGUCUAUUGUUUUCAUGACCCACCAGGAUGGCGCUUCACUUCCUCAGAAAUUGUGAUCCCCAGGAAAGUGCCCCACAAGAGGGGUGGAGUUGAGAUGCCAGACCAGCUCUCUUACAGCAUGCGUUUCCGGGGCCAAAGACACGUGAUUCACAUGAAGCUCAAGAAGAACAUGAUGCCCAGACAUUUACCUGUUUUUACUGAUAAUGACCAAGGGGCCAUGCAGGAGAACUACCCUUUUGUCCCACGAGACUGUUACUAUGACUGCUACCUGGAAGGGGUUCCUGGGUCUGUGGCCACAUUGGACACCUGCCGUGGAGGUCUGCAUGGCAUGCUGCAGGUGGAUGACUUGACGUACGAAAUCAAACCCCUGGAGGCUUCUUCCAAAUUUGAGCAUGUAGUAUCUCUGCUUGUGUCAGAAGAAAGACCAGGAGAGGCUAGUAGAUGUAAGACUGAAGGGGAAGAGAUAGAUCAAGAAUCUGAAAAGGUAAAACUGGCUGAAACUCCCAGAGCAGGCCACGUUUAUUUGUGGAGGCAUCAUAGAAAAAACUUGAAAAUUCACUACACGGUUACUCGUGGAUUAUUCAUGCGGAACCCUAAUGUGUCACACAUAAUAGAGAAUGUAGUGAUUAUUAACAGCAUCAUACAUACCAUUUUCAAACCAGUUUAUUUAAAUGUCUAUAUACGUGUUUUGUGCAUAUGGAAUCAAAAGGAUGCAGUACUAUUUUCUGCUAGCAGGCCGGGCCACGUUGCUGUAGAACUGUUUGGUGUGUGGAAAUAUCACAAUUUGUAUUCAGAAAUUUCACAUGAUACCUCAGUUGUUUUUACAUCAAAUCGACUUGGAAACAGUGAGUGUUAUGCCAGCUUUGACGGAAUAUGCAACCCCAACUGGGGAGCAAUGUUUGUGUAUAUAAUGAGGUAUCACCUAUUUAGGGGGGCAUGUGUUACAGCACAUGCACUAGGUCAUAACAUGGGCUUGACACAUGAUUCUGUUGGUUGUUAUUGUUUUCGACGAACCAACUGUCUCAUGGCUCCUGUUCCUGAUCUUAAUGAUAUGAUGAGCAAUUGUUCUUAUGAGAUAAUUCAACGCAAGUUUAAUCAAUGGGAUCCUUGUUUGAGUGCUCCAAAUGUUCCAUACACUAAUUUUCCGUACGUAGCUCCUCAUUUUGGAGACAAGAUCAAAAAUCAGAGGGAAGAAUGUGACUGUGGCUCCCUUAAAGAUUGUGCCAGUGAUAGAUGUUGUGAGACCUCUUGUACCCUUUCUCUUGGCAGUGUUUGCAAUACAGGACUUUGCUGCCAUAAGUGUAAAUAUGCUGCCCCUGGAGUGGUUUGCAGGGACUUGGGUGGUAUAUGUGAUCUACCGGAAUACUGUGAUGGGAAAAAGGAAGAGUGUCCAAAUGACGUCUACAUCCAGGAUGGAACCCCAUGUUCAGCAGUAUCUGUUUGUAUAAGAGGAAACUGCAGUGACCGUGAUAUGCAGUGUCAAGCCCUUUUUGGCUACCAAGUGAAAGACGGUUCCCCAGCGUGCUAUCAAAAAUUGAAUAGGAUUGGUAACCGAUUUGGAAACUGUGGGGUUAUUCUACAGCGAGGGGGAAGUAGACCUUUUCCAUGUGAAGAAGAUGAUGUUUUUUGUGGAAUGUUGCACUGUAGCAGUGUCAGCCACAUUCCCAGUGGAGGUGAGCACACUACAUUUUGUAAUAUAUUAGUACACGACAUAAAAGAAGAAAAAUGCUUUGGCUAUGAAGCACACCAGGGGACAGACUUGCCAGAAAUGGGGCUGGUAGUGGAUGGUGCAACCUGUGGCCCAGGGAGCUACUGUCUUAAACGCAAUUGUACUUUUUAUCAAGACCUGCAUUUUGAGUGUGAUCUUAAAACAUGCAAUUACAAAGGAGUAUGUAACAACAAAAAACAUUGUCAUUGUCUGCAUGAGUGGCAACCACCAACAUGUGAACUGAGAGGAAAAGGAGGUAGUAUAGAUAGUGGCCCUCCACCUGACAAACAAUAUCGUAUUGCAGGCAGCAUACUUGUAAAUACAAACCGAGCACUAGUUUUAAUAUGUAUUCAUUACAUCCUUUUUGUGGUUUUGCUUCUCUUUGGUGGCUUUUCACAAGCAAUACAAUGUUAGGGAAGAGAAAGGGAAAGAGCCCACACAAUGGAGUAAAUUACAUUGACACUUACUGGGAGAUAUAAUCAAUAGUCACUCUGACAAUUACAUCAUCUUUUAGCAAUUCUGAUGUCAUCUUGAAAUAAAAUCACUUGGCAAUUUAAAAA